AUGUUGUGCAUCUCCACUUCCAUUGCGUUUGUGGGCAAAGCCUCUCUGUCAAGGGGUUCACUCUCGAGGUCGUCCUGCAGGCUCUUUUCAUCGUCAUCGUCGAUCAUUGGAGUUGAUAGCAGCAUUUCCCGACUCUCGACCUUGCAGACCAUGUUAGCCAAGUAUGGUGCCCCCGGAAGCACUGGAUGUACCAAAGAAAACGACCUGGAACCGAUACUGCCUAGCCAAGACGCCCCCGAGUUACUGGCGUCCAUGACAGACGCAGAGGACGAUGAACUCUCCAAUCUACAUCCCUAUCUCUAUCCCAUUGCCAAGUCGAAGUCCUCCGGAAACUUGAUCUGUGCCUUGCGCAAUGCCUAUGCGACCGAGGGCGACUUGGAUAACCCAUGGCCAAUUGUGGAAUCCACCAUUGGUGGCCCUGGGAUGCAACUCCUGUCUCUGAAUAGUGAGCAUUUGAUGAGACGGAUUGCCUGUGAAAAGGACUUUGCAGGAGACGACAAGGAAGCCGUAGACAUGUACAAUGACGGACUAGGUCAAGGAUUGAUGAAAGACAAGGUGUUUGACAGUCCGUAUGUUGUGGGUGAUGUUGAAAAGCUUGGUUACGGCGCUGAGAAGUACUCGCUGCUUCGUGUAGGUCCAUUCCCCGAUCUCUACAGAACCAUGUCCCUCCAGCACUCCGAAAGGGACGAUGAAGCAUCAUCUCUCAUCGCAGCGGAGGCUGCAAAUGGCAAAUUUUCGCAGUUUGGUUCCACGUAUAGAUUCUACGCCCGCCUCUUGGAUUCAUUCCAUCAAAGAGAGGAAGAAGCCAGGGAUGCUUCCAGGAUGUGUCUGAGGUUGCCUCUGCCAACCAUUGGUUUGACCAGAGAAGAUUUCAAAGAAGUGGCGGUCUUGGGUCUCAUUGCCGACAAGGGUGAUUCUGAAGAGGAAGCCAUGGUCAAGCUCCAGGUGAUGUAUGAGAAGAUCAGAGAGCACGAGAAAGAAGAUGACCCACAAGCCAACCAAGGGAUGACACCCGAGCAAAUGGCUGCCGACGAGGCAAACUACCUUUUGGACACCACAGCGCUUACAGGUGGUCCCUGGAGGGACACAAGGGCGAAGCUUGCCGAGAUCUUUCGGUCAGUAGGCAAGGAAGAUAUGGCAGCCUUUGUGAAUCCAUACAAACCCUAA